AUGGCUGUUCCAUCAUCCUCCUCCUCUUCCUUCGCCUACGAUGUGUUCCUCAGCUUCAGAGGCACUGAUACUCGCUACGGUUUCACUGGCAAUCUCUACAAAGCUCUUUCUGACGCCGGAAUUCGCACAUUCAUUGAUGACGAGGAUCUUCAGAGAGGGGAGGAAAUCACACCAUCACUUCUCAAGGCCAUCCAAGACUCCAGGAUUGCCAUCAUUGUUCUGUCUGCCAACUAUGCAUCUUCUUCAUUUUGCUUAAAUGAACUCUCCAACAUCAUUGAUCGUGUUAAUAAUAUAGAGGGUCGGAAGGUUUUUCCAAUUUUUUAUAAGGUGGAUCCUUCUGAUGUGCGACAUCAGAGAGGUAGUUACGGAGAAGCAUUGGUUAAUCAUGAAAAGAAGUUCAACGCUAAUAAGGAGAGGUUCGAGGAUAAUAGGGAGAGGUUGGCGAAAUGGAGGACGGCUCUGGAGCGAGUAGCUAACUUAUCUGGCUAUCAUUUCAAACACGGGGAUGAAUAUGAACACAAGUUUAUUGAGAGCGUUGUCAAAGAGGUCUCCAAGAAUAUUAAGCGUGUCCCUUUUCCUGUUGCGGAUUACCCUGUUGGACUGGAGUCUCAAGUAGAAGAAGUAAAGUUGCUUAUGGAUGCCGAAUCUAAGGAUGAGGUCCACAUGGUAGGGAUUCAUGGAAUUGGUGGAGUAGGAAAGACAACACUUGCUCUAGCAGUUUAUAAUUCUGUUGCUGAAUAUUUUGAGGGUUUAUGUUUUCUUCAGAAUGUAAGAGAAAAUUCAAACACGCAUGGGUUACAACAUCUCCAAGAGAUCCUUCUUAGAGAAAUGUUUGGAGAGGAGAAAAUUAAGUUAGCAAGUAUCCCAAAAGGAAGUCUAGAAAUACAACGUAGGCUACGAGAAAAUAAGGUUCUUUUGAUUUUAGAUGAUGUUGAUGAGCUGGAGCAGUUACAGGCUCUUGGAAGACCUGAUUGGUUUGGUCCCGGGAGCAGAGUCAUCAUCACAACUCGGGACAAACAGUUGUUAGCAUGUCACGAGGUUAAGAAAACAUAUGCGGUGAAGGAGUUGAAUGAAAAAGAUGCUCUUGAACUGCUAAGAUGGAAAGCUUUUAAAACCCUCGAAGUUGAUCAAAAGUACAACAACGUUUUAAACCGUGCAUUAACUUAUGCUUCUGGCCUUCCGUUGGCUUUGGAAGUUAUAGGUUCCAACUUGUUUGGAAAAAGUAUAGAUAAAUGGGAAUCUGCAUUAAAUCUGUAUCAAAGGAUUCCACCUAGAGACAUUCAAAAGAAACUUAAAGUAAGCUAUGAUGCUUUGGAGGAAGAAGAGAAGAGUGUUUUUCUUGACAUUGCUUGUUGCUUCAAAGGACAUUCAUUGGCACAGGUUCGAGAUAUAUUGCAUGCUCAUUAUGGUGAGUGCAUGAAAUAUCAUAUUGGAGUGUUGGUUGAGAAAUCUCUCAUAAAGAUAAUUGACUGGUAUAGUAAGGUGACUCUACAUGACUUGAUAGAGGACAUGGGUAAAGAAAUUGUGCGACGGGAAUCACCGAAAAAUCCUGGGAAACGCAGUAGGUUAUGGUUCCAUGGAGAUAUAAUUCAUGUUUUGGAAGAAGAUAUGGGAACUAUGAAAAUUGAAAUCAUAUAUUUGGAUUUUCCAGUAUAUGAUGAAGAGGAAGUAAUAGUGAAAUGGAGUGGAAAGGCAUUUGCGAAGAUGAAAAAUCUCAAGACACUUAUUAUUAAACAAGGUUGUUUUUCCAGAGGUCCGAAACAUCUUCCAAAUAGUUUAAGAAUACUGGAAUGGUGGAGAUAUCCUUCACCGUGUUUACCGUCAGAUUUUCAUCCAAAGCAACUUGCCAUAUGCAAGAUAAUGGAUAGUUGCUUUACGUCACCCGAGUUGGCCGGUUUAGUGAAAGCAAGUAAAUUUGAGAAUACGAGUGUUUUGAAUUUUGAUGAUUGUGAAUUUUUAACAGAGAUACCUGAUGUAUCUGGUCUCCUAAAAUUAAAAGAAUUAUCAUUUAAGCGUUGUGAGAAUUUAACUACAAUUGAUGAUUCAGUUGGGAAGCUGGAUAAACUUAGAAUAUUGGCUUGUGAGGGUUGCAUAAAGCUUGGAGCUUUACCUCCCUUCAAGUUGACUUCUCUUGAAGAACUCUAUCUUAACGAAUGCUCGAGUCUUGAGAGUUUUCCAGAAAUAUUAGGAGAGAUGAAAAAUAUAAAACAUCUUGACUUGUUUCGAACUCCUAUAAAAGAAUUGCCAUCUUCGUUUGAAAAUCUUACUGGGCUUCGAGAAUUAGUUGCGGUAGCUUGUGGAAUUGUUCAGUUUCCAAGUAGCAUUGUCAAAAUGCGAGAACUGGUUUUGAUUAGAGGUGAGGGAUGGAAUUUGGGUUCAUUGCCAGAAGUGGGCUCAAUGGUGUCUUCAAACUUAGAACUUCUCAAACUCGUGAAGUGCAACGUGUCAGAUGAAAUUCUUGCAAUUGGUCUCACCUGGUUUGCUAAUGUGAAAAAUUUAGACCUAUCAUUUAAUUGUUUCACAAUUAUUCCUGAAUGCAUCAAAGAAUGUCACCUUUUAAGGUCACUUACGUUGGACUAUUGCCGGAAUCUUCGAGAAAUUAGAAGGAUUCCGCCAAACUUAAAAUAUUUUUCUGCAAGAAACUGCUAUUCCUUGACAUCCGAGUCUAUAAGCAAGUUACUUGAUCAGGUUUAUUUUUUAUUUAUGUAUUUGAUUUGA